ACCUUCAUAACACUCGCAGAAGAGUCCUUUGAUUUUUACCAUCCGUGUUUACCUUUACAGUUUAGCAUGCUUUUUGUGUAGCAUAUGAAGUGCCGCUCUUUGUACCCGUCUGUCAAAGUCCACGUUUUAUUACAGUAGGCUAAUUAACUUUAAGAUUGCCCUUCGAUAUACUUUGCACAGAAAGUUCACCAACACGCUGCAGCUUGACUGAAAUAAUGAAGAUGGGGACAGCACUAAUUUACGACGAGGAGAUGACCAAGUAUAAACUGCUCUGGGUUGACCCGGCUUGUAAGAUUGAAGUGCCUGAGCGUCUGACGGUGAGUUAUGACGCUUUGAUCCAGAACGGUCUGACAGAUCGCUGCGUCUCUGUACCUGUCCGAGAGGCGACUGAUGCAGACAUCCUGCAGGUUCACAGCGAGGAGUACUUAGAGGCAGUGAAGAAGACCCCCUACAUGACCUUGGAGGAUCUGAAAGAGUUCACCCUGCAGUAUGGGGACGUCUACUUCCACCCAAACAUCUAUCACUGUGCCAAGCUGGCUGCAGGGGCUGCACUGCAGCUCGUGGACAGUGUAAUGACAGGAAAGGUGAGGAAUGGCAUGGCUCUGGUCAGACCACCUGGACAUCACAGUAUGCGCAGCGCUGCCAACGGAUUCUGUGUGUUCAAUAAUGUGGCCAUAGCAGCUCGAUAUGCCAAGCAAAAAUAUGGGUUGAAAAGGGUUUUAAUAGUUGACUGGGAUGUACAUCACGGUCAAGGGGUGCAGUACUGUUUCGAAGACGAUCCAAGCGUGCUCUACUUCUCCUGGCACCGCUAUGAGCAUCAGAAAUUCUGGCCUCAGCUGAGAGAAUCGGACUACGACAGUGUUGGGAAAGACAAAGGGGCUGGAUUCAAUAUCAAUGUGCCCUGGAAUCAGGUGGGAAUGAAAAACAGCGACUAUCUUUCUCUCUUCUGUCACGUUCUUCUGCCAGUCGCGUACGAGUUUUGCCCAGACCUGGUCCUGGUGUGUGCAGGCUUUGACUCAGCCAUUGGUGACCCAGAGGGUAAAAUGUGUGCCACCCCAGACAUCUUUGCCCACCUCACUCACCUGCUGAUGAACCUGGCAGGAGGGAAACUGUGCGCUGUUCUGGAGGGAGGAUACAACUUGACGUCCCUCCCUCAGUCUGUGUGUCAGACAGUUCAAACUUUGCUUGGAGAUCCUGCGCCUCGACCUGCAAAUCUCGACGGCCCCUGUGAAAGUGCGCUUGAGUCCCUUCACUGUGUCCGAUCAGCUCACAGGCAGUACUGGUCCUCCCUCAAACAUGCAGCGGAUCUACCCACCUCUGAUAUCAGCACAAAGCGCAUUAAAUUAGCAGAAGAAGAAGAAGGAAAGUCGGAGAAUGGAGAAGAGGAGACAAGUGAAGAGGUGUGGCCUGAGCCUCUGAAACGUGUCCCUCCUCCGAUCCGCACAGCUGUAGUCCUACCUGACGGUGUAACCUGCCCAGACGGAUGUAAGCGCUUCAGCUCAUUAGAGGAUCCCAACCAAGAAAGUGUCAACAAACUCAGAGAGACUUUGCUCAAAGCGGAAGCUGACAGCGUUGCUCUAGCAACCCUCUCCAGUCUUAUUGCCCUCGUAGAGAAGAUGGAGAAGAAUGAGAUCUGCAAUGGCUUGGCUCUGGUCGCCGAUGUGUCCAUGGCGAUGAUGCGUCUUGUCCAGCAUGCUGCAACUGCCCCACACAGCCGGCUUCUUGUUGUGUGUGUUGGGGAUGAAGUCGUCCCGAGUCUCGACACAGAUGACGGGAAAACACUCCUGGUUCAGUUUAGCAGCAAAGAAUCGGACAAACAGAAAAGCAAAUAUCACAUCAAUGUGUGCCUAAAGAAGGGUUGCAGCGACGCGUUGGGGUUCACACAGGCUGUGCUGAGCCUCCUUCUGCCUCUGGGAUACGAGUACGACCCUAGUCUGGUUCUGUUGGUGCGGAUGUCAGAUAGCGGUGUGUGUGAUAGUGCGUGGCAGCAGCUAACAGGCCUGCUGCUGGGCCUGGCACAAGGACGGACACUCGUACUCAUGCAGGAAGCUGAAAAGGCUCGGGUUGGACUCACAGCUUCCUCUCUCCUUGGGGACGCUGCACCCUCUCUAGGGCAGCUUGAUGCUCCUUUGCCUGAGGAUGUGGAGGCAUUGGAGAGGCUGAGACACAGGCUGCAGGCAGAUUGGAAGCUUCUGCAGACUACAGCAGCACCAGAUACAGGACGAGGUGAUGCACCCUGAAAGUGAUCGUGCUCCAUUCAAAUUUUGUAGAUUUUGACUGAUUUAAUUGUCUAAAGAGACGUUUUAUUAAACAAAUUGAGCCAUGAAAUCA